UUAAUGUUACUUUAAUGAGCGAUGUAUAUUUAAUUAAUACAUAAGGAGCAUAUUUAUCUCUUAUGAUCAAUCUAAUGAGAUGUAUUUCUUAAAAAAAUAAACGGUCAUUACCACUCAUCAAUAUGAUUUGCCAAUUCACACAGUGGUAUUGAUGACUGGCAGAUGAUGCAUUUUUCCAUCACUUUUUGGAUCUACACACAUUGCAACAAAAAAUAAUAGGUGGAAUGUCCAUACAACAUAAAGCACACAUGCAGAUUUCUGAAAAGGUAAAAGCUAACCUCAUCAUCUGGUGGGGGCCUCAAGGGAAGGCUUUGUUGGAGAGGGACAACAUAUAAGGGAGCCCUUGUACAACCUGAGCGAAUAUAGCUCAGGCUGUAUCCCUCUGGUGGUAUUGGCAGCUCUUCCAAUACCUUUCCCCUGCUGCCACGGGCGAGGACAAACCCACCAGCAGCUCUAAGAGGGGGGAAGGCAGAGAGGAGAUGUUCACAGAAAAAAGCAUGGUCUCCUUCGUUGUGUGGGAACCACACAUUUUUUUGUCCCAAACCACAAACGGAGUAGUAGCGAGCCUCCUCAGCUGUGGGCAUGACAGUCGUUUGGACCUCAGGAAGACAGACGAAAGCAUGAGUCCAUGGGGUCUCCCGCUUCCUUUUUCGACCACCACUGGUUGAUGCUCCUUGCUGUGACCGAAACAACCUCGACAACUGCGCCUGCACAUUGUCAUGUCGGGGCUGAUAGAAAUUGUGGCGAGGUGGAACAGACUGGAAGUGGGAACUUGUAGCAGGUUGGAAAUUAGAAUUUGGAGUUGUCAUGGUGCUGCAAGAUGGAAGAGGUGGAGAUAAUGCACAGAAAGUGGCUUUAAAACACCAACUAAAAAGUACAAGAAGAAGACGAAAACUACUACUACGACAAAAACUGGUGCUGCUUCAAGAUGGCAACGUGUUCUGAUGACGACCAGCGCAGCCAUCAACUGAUGCACUAUUUAUACACUCAGUGCCAACGACUGUCAGAUAAUUUUGAGGCCAAUGCAUCACAAUUUGACUUGGAUUUUCUUGAACAACGCUAUGAAGAGAUCUACAGCAUCUUAUUAAGAGCUCAACAGACUGGAGUCUUCAUUAACAUUGAUGACAUUUUGGAAAGUAUACAGAGAGUGCUGUGCUUAGUAGGUGAAAAAAAUAACCACACAGGUGGAUUUAUGCCUCCAUUGAUCAGAUCUGGGGGAAGAGGACGGCCAUCUUGGGAUAUUUCGGAAGAGCAACUGAAGUUCCUUUUAGAGUACAAUUUCACUGUUCGUGAAAUAGGAAAACUGCUCGGUGUGAGCUACAGCACUAUACGAAGAAGAAUGGCUGAGAGCAAUCUCUCUGUGAGAAUGAGCUACAGCAACAUUAGUGAUGAAGAUCUGCAAAAACUUGUCCAGAAUUUUAUUCAGGAGUGUCCAGACUCUGGAAUAAAAACGGUUUUGGGGUAUCUAAAUAGUGUGGGAAUAAGAGUGCAGAGAUCCAGAGUUAUGGAAACCAUGAGGGUGGUGGAUCCUGUGGGCACCAUUUGUCGUGGACUUGGUAUUGCUGUAAUACAUAGAAGAGUUUACUCUGUACCAUCACCACUUGCACUUUGGCACAUUGACGGAAAUCACAAAUUGAUACGGUGGAGAAUUGUGAUUCAUGGUGGCAUUGAUGGAUAUAGUCGAAAGAUAAUGUUCCUCACUGCCAGCAAUAACAACCGAGCAUCCACAGUUCUAAAAGCCUUCAUUACUGCUGUGCAAAAGUUUGGCUUGCCAAUCAGAGUAAGAAGCGACAAAGGAGGAGAAAAUGUAGAAGUUGCUCGUUAUAUGCUGCAACAUCCAGAAAGAGGAGCAGAAAGAAGAAGUUUUAUAACAGGACGCAGUGUCCAUAAUCAAAGAAUUGAGAGGAUGUGGAGAGAUGUUUGGUGUGUUGUCACUGUGAACUACCGCUAUGCGCUGCAAUAUCUGGCUGAUACUGCAGAUUUUAAUCCGGAUAAUGAAGUGGAUUUGGCUUGCAUUCAUUUUAUAAUGCUCCCAAGAAUAAACCAGCAUUUAGAGCUAUUUUCUAUGGCUUGGGAUAGGCAUUCACUGUCCACAGAACAAGGCAGAUCACCACAACAAUUGUGGAUUAGGGGUCAAUUAGUAGCAAACACUUCUAUACCUGACCCUUCAUGUGAGCAGAUUGAUGAUGAUCUUUAUGGGGUUGACUGGGAAGGGCCAACCCCGCUCAACAGAGAAGACACUGUAGUGGUUCCAGAUACACCAGAGGAUGUCAGAACACAGGUGCACAUGCUCCUUCAGGAAAGAAUUGACCCUCUGAGGGACAGUGAUUGUUUUGGAAUGGACAUUUGUUUAGAGGCUUUACAGUUGGCACGUCACACACUACCACAUUUGUUUUAACUUUGUUUAUGUCUUGUUAUUUAUUUUUCCUUUUUACUAACAACAUGGAACAAUAACAUUGUGUUGCAGUGUCUUACUUGUGCCAGUUUUUAAUAUAUUUGGAGAUUGGCCAAUCACCAGUCUUGGAUUGUGUAUCUCAGCAAGAGAGAGACCAAAUACACAUGUUUCACUUUUUUUGUUGAACAAAAAGGUAUUGAUGAAAGAAUUAUGUUAAAACUGUUAUAAUCAGAUUGUAAAAUGUUUUUGUUGUCUGACUUUUUUGUUAACUUAAAACUGCAUUUUUGGCACUUUUUUUUGUUGAA